GGAGUCGACUUAAAGCGGGAGAAAGAAAAAGUGAUACGGGAGAGAUAAGUUUGAGAAACAUUUCUUGUUUUUGUGCAGUUUGUGGAUCUGGAGUCAGCGGGAGCUCGGUUUGUUUCUCGGAGAGCUGAGUGGAGCCGGACGCACGGGGGCUGAAGCUGAACCUGCAACCUGCACUCAGUCCGGGAGGCAGGAGGGGGAAAACAAGUGCACACUGGGAAUCGAACCACACAGAGAAGCUGGCACUGGUGGCAUGGGCAUGGAAAACACUGGACUGUGGAUAUUCCUGAUAACAACCUGUGUUGUUCCAGGAAUAAAAAGCCAGACUGUGGAGAUGGAUGAUGGGAAGGCGGGGUAUGUCGGGUCAAAGGUGGAUCUCCGCUGUCGGUUCGUCAACAGCUUCCCACCUGUCAAAAUCUCCCAGGUAACAUGGCAGAAACUGGUGAAUGGCACCAAGCAGAACGUGGCAAUCGCCAACCCCUCCCUGGGUGUGUCCGUGGCCCCGCCCUACAGGGACCGCGUCACCUUCAAGAACGCGGCAGUGAGGCGACGCACUCCGACCCUUGAAGACACCACUAUCACCUUCUCCUCGCUCCGCCUCUCUGACGAGUCCACCUACAUCUGCGAAUACACCACGUUUCCUGCAGGGAACAGAGAGAACACUGUGAACCUCACAGUCUACGUUCGCCCGACGACUCAGAUGAGUCUGUCCACCCCGACCCUGGUGGCUCGUUCGUCCAAUCUGAAAACACCUGUGGCCACCUGCAUCUCUGCCAAUGGAAAACCACCUGGUAUCAUUAGGUGGGAGACAAAGGUGCCAGGAGAGGCGACCACUCGAGAGUACAGAAACUCAGACGGGACAUUCACUGUUCAGAGUGACUACAUCCUGGUGCCCAGCAAAGAAACACACAAGGAGACGCUCACCUGUGUCACCAGCUACAACGAGGAAGUCUAUACUGACAGUGUCACCCUCGAUAUCCAGUAUGAGCCAGAUGUGUCAGUGGACGGCUUUGAUGGAAACUGGUAUCUAAACCGAGAGAACGUCCAGCUGAGCUGCAAAGCUGAUGCCAAUCCAUCCGUCUCUCUGUAUCAGUGGAAAUUGAUUAAUGGCUCCAUACCGAACAGUGCUGAGAUCCGUGACAACGUCCUCACCUUCAAAGGGCCGGUCACAUAUGACCUGCAAGGUACAUACGUGUGUGACGCCACCAACAGCAUCGGGACACGAUCGGGCUCUGUGGAGGUCAGCAUCAUAGAAAAGCCUCUACCCCAGAUAGCAACAGGCGAUGUCAUCAGUGUCAUCGCCUUAUUGCUGGCUGCCGGAGUGCUCAUGGGCAUCACUAUAACAGUCCUGGUUCUCAAAAUCAGAAGUAGAAAGGACAACUCCUCAAAUGAUUCUCCGUCCAGAAAACCGUCGCAGCCGAUAAGGAAAAGACCAGGAGACGAUAUCCAGCAUUCAGGACGGUUUUAUGAAGAGCUUCCAAACACAGCAGAUUAUGUGAGCUACAGACUGGCCUGUAACAAGGAAGACUACCCCGAGCCCUACUCCCCUCCCAUCAACCCCCCUCUGUCAUUUCUGCCCCAGCACCCCUACCACUCCUCACAACCAACCACCACGACCAGCAGCAGCAGCACCGACAUGUCGAAAAACACCUUCUCUCCUCCCUCACACACCACAGCCAUCUUUAAAUACCCCUCAGUACCUGGCCUGUCUUCUCCUCCACCGGGAGUGGCGGCAUACACAUUUCCCAAAGAGCAAUACGUCUGAACCGGCACCUUGUCAGGAACUCAAACCUCUGCUGUGAGCUCAGAUGAAACGACCUGAUUAAAACCCAAACCUUUCCAAGGAGGAGGUUGGAGAAAUAUGUUGAACCCUGGACUGUCAGGAGUUGUCUCUGCACUUGUCUGCACUGUUGUGGACGGCUCUGGAACUCGAAAAGACAAUGAUGCUUUUGUUUUGAAGCAUUUUCUCUUUCGUCCUAUAUUUUGCUGUGGCAUCUAAUCUUUGAAAAGGGAAGAUUGUUGAACCGUGCUUUAGGUUAGAGAAAGACGAUUUGACUUUCUGUGGAAUGAAUUUAUAUUGCAUGGAUGUAUUAUUUACUUUAAACAGAAUGUAUGGGAUUAUCUCUUGAUGUGGCUGACAAUGAAUUUAUCCUCCUUUGUAUCAUUUUGUAAAAAAAAAACAAAAAAAACCAACAAAAAAUGAUUACGGUUUCCUCCUCUAUCUCUUAAGUCAACUCUCUCUUUAUCCUAGCUGUGUUGUGCACUCUGACAAUCCCAGACCUCAUCUUCUGGUUGUACCCUCUGUCCUCAUGUUGUACUUUUACUGUGCUUGUAUUUUGUAUGAUUUAUGUUUUUCUUUGCAAAGAAAACAACGUUUUUAUUUACUGAAGACAUUUUGGAGAUUUAUGACGUUGAUGUUUUUAUUCGUGGUAUCUGUGGAUUUUAGUAUUCAUUGACACUGGCUG